UGCCCCGGACCGCGCCUGGAGGCGGAGCCGCCGGCGGAGCUAAAUGGGGCCGAGACCGGGAGUGGGGGGGGUCCCCGCGCCGCCGCCAUGGAGCAGUCCCGCGCAGCCGCCCGCCUGCAGAUCGUACUGGGCCACCUCGGCCGCCCCUCGGCCGGGGCCGUUGUAGUUCAUCCCACUACAGGGACUAUUUCCUCUGCCAGUUUCCAUCCUCAACAAUUCCAGUAUACUCUGGAUAAUAAUGUUCUAACCCUGGAACAGAGAAAAUUUUAUGAAGAAAAUGGGUUUCUUGUAAUCAAAAAUCUUGUACCUGAUGCCGAUAUUCAACGCUUUCGGAAUGAGUUUGAAAAAAUCUGCAGAAAGGAGGUGAAACCAUUAGGAUUAGUAGUAAUGAGAGAUGUGACCAUUUCGAAAUCGGAAUAUGCUCCAAGUGAGAAGAUGACCACGAAGGUCCAGGAUUUCCAGGAAGAUAAGGAGCUCUUCAGAUACUGCACUCUCCCUGAGAUUCUGAAAUAUGUGGAGUGCUUCACUGGACCUAAUAUCAUGGCCAUGCACACCAUGUUGAUAAACAAACCUCCAGAUUCUGGUAAUUGCAAGAAGACGUCCCGUCAUCCCCUGCACCAGGACCUGCACUAUUUCCCCUUCAGGCCCAGCAAUCUCAUCGUUUGUGCCUGGACGGCAAUGGAGCACAUCGACCGGAACAAUGGUUGUCUGGUUGUGCUCCCAGGAACACACAAGGGUUCCCUGAAGCCGCACGAUUACCCCAAGUGGGAGGGUGGAGUUAACAAAAUGUUCCACGGGAUCCAGGACUACGAGGAAAACAAUGCUCGAGUGCACCUGGUGAUGGAGAAGGGAGACACCGUUUUCUUCCAUCCUUUGCUCAUCCAUGGGUCUGGUCAGAACAAAACCCAGGGAUUCCGGAAGGCAAUUUCCUGCCAUUUCGCCAGUGCCGAUUGCCACUACAUCGAUGUGAAGGGCACCAGUCAAGAAAACAUUGAGAAGGAAGUUGUAGGAAUAGCAAACAAAUUCUACGGAGCUGAAAACAGCACAGACUUGAAGGAUAUUUGGAUGUUUCGAGCUCGACUUGUGAAAGGAGAAAGAACCAAUCUUUGAAGUAGCCAUCUGCUGUAACUCUUUCAACAGAAAACCAAAAUCAAACAAAGUGUCUAAGGAAAAUGUUUUCUUAAUGAGAUGAUGUAACCUUUUCUAUCACUUGUUAAAAGCAGAAAACAUGUAUCAGGUACUUAAUUGCAUAGAGUUAGUUUUGCAGCACAGUGGUGUUGCUUUAAUGGAAAUAAAAAAAGUAAAAGUGAAAUAUUACUAUUUUAAGAAAAACUAAUUUAGGUUUGCAGCCAAUAAAGAUGAAUGGUGUAUAAUUUAAGUGUUAAAUUAAUUUCUUUCAUUCAGUUAGCUCUUUACCCAAGCAGAAGUGAAUCAUUUGGAACUUAGGGUAUGUGUGUUUUGUAUGCCCUUUCUGGUAAACCCAUUCCCUAUCAAUUUUAUGUCAUAAGAGAUUUUUUUCCCCCCAAAUCUGGAACAAUGUAUAAUACAUUCACAUUAAGUGAAGGGCAUAGGAAGGGUGUCAUGGAGUCCAAAUAAAGAUGAAUAUUCCUGCUCAG